GAUUGACUAAGAAAUGCCAACUAGUUUUUAGUAACAUCUGUUUAUUGUUAUGUGUACAUUUUGUUAACAAAAAGAAAAUUUUGUUUAUAAAAUUACGUUUUAAUAUUUUUUAACAUACAAGAAAACAAACUGUUAUAUUCAGGAUGGCUAUGUGGCAUGUAAUGAUGGGCAUGGGAAUAGGAUUACUAGCUACCAUUAUAACAGUUAUUGUUAGUCAACGACGAGCAAUACCACACAAAUCUAACACGAAUUACUUUUCUCCACCAGGAGAACAAUGUACCAUUUGCCUUGCUAAUAUGGAAAAUGAUGAAAUGGUUUAUCUAAAUUGCGGACACGCAUUUCAUGAACACUGCUUAAAAGACCUGAGGCGAUAUGGAGAUAACAAGUGCCCGACAUGUCGCCAAAAAAUAUGAAAUGGAGCAAUAUACAUACAUAUAUGCAUAUCAAAUAUUUUUGUUUGAUAUACAUAUGUACAUACAAGUAGAUAUAGGUAGAUGUCCCUAGAUUUUUUAUGUAUAUCGGUUAAACGUUAAGGGCCAAUCUUUAGGUGAAAGAUUAGCGAUUAAAUUAAAAUUAAUCCUCGAAA